GAGAGCUUCUCCCACCACCAUAGCUGCCACCCCUCACAGAAGUGGAAUUAUUAAGCCGACAGGAGAGCUCUCUCCUGUCGGUUUAGAGUGUCUUCACCAGAAGCGCUACAGCGGCACACCUGCACCUGUGCUGCUGUAAAUCUGUAGUGUAGACCUGCCCCAAGAUUCUCAGUUCUUCAAGUGUAUUUGAUGCAAAACUCUUUGUUAAUGAUCUGUAAGUUCCGAGCUGCACCAUAAAAAUGUUUCGUUGAUCGUCUUUUUCUUGUAUAGUUUUCUUACAACAUUCUAAUGAACAAAAAUAAACUGAAACUAGUGGGAAUCCCUGCCUCUGUUAAUUGCUUUCAUCAUCAGCCUGUCAGCAUAUAAACUAGAUAACAUACUGCAGUUUUUCCCUAGCUUCUGUACUUCAUGGGUGAAUAAUCUACAGUUAUUCUAUGGUCAGUUUGGCUAUUAUCAUAAAAUGGUGCAAAUUCAGACACACAGUGGCACUGUAAUCAAUAAAUGCAACCUCGGCAUUUAAUCCAUGCAUUUUAAACCAUCCACAACAAUAAUCCAUUAAUUAUGAAUGGGAGUGCUGUAAAAAUGGCACCACUGUACUUUGCUGUUCAACGUGCAAACCCAGGUUUGCGAGGACAAGGUGUUACGGUUGCUACACCCUGAGGUUCAGCGUGAAUGUUGUAAAUGAUAAGAGGGUACAUAGUGUGCCCACCCACUACAAGGUGAAAGAAAUAAGCUGAUGGAAGGAGGCAAAUGGUGAAGGAGGUAUUUUAAAAUGCUGAUCAUUGUUGACUGACAAUGUUACCUUUUUAAUGGGAAGUCCAAUAUUCAUGCUUCUGUAUCAUAUUUACAGGAGAUUCUGCCAUUUUCAUUUUCCCCUCUUCAAGGUUUUUCAAGUUAAGAGACUCACAUGUAUAGAACCCACUGCUAAUUCUGUUUUUUAAGCUUGCUUUUCUUUCUAAUCAAUUCAGCACACCCUGCUGUGUCCUGCAGAUUAGUUCAUUUAUUCACUGGAUGUUUUAUAUUACAGUCACAAUUUGAGGCUCUUUCUUUUCUAAUAAGUAUAGAACAAGUGAGCUGUGCUUUUCCCCCCACCCCGUGGGACAACCGAAGCAUGAAAUCAUCCAUGGCUUUGAAAAGCAGCACUAUUGGCUUGGUUCUCAAAUGGGUUGGUGAUCAAGUUCAAUAGUUGCAGUGCCUGGUCGUUGCCUUACUGCCAGAACUUCUACGAUGGAGGUGGUGUCAGCAGAGGUGAACAGCUUACUCCCUGAGGAGAUAAUGGACACUGGUAUAACUCUGAUGGAAGACGAUAGCAUUGAGGCUGUUAUUGUGGCGUCACCUAUGGGAGAUGCUAUUCCUAUGGAAACAGAACUGGAAGAAAUAGUGAACAUAAGCUCAGCCAGUGACUCUGCAACUACAAUCACAGCCACCACAGAACCAGCUACCGUGCCCAGCAAUCACUCAAGCCAAGUUACAGUGAAUACCACAAUUACAAAAACUGACACUAAUGCAACAGUAAAACCUACCUUGCAAAGUGGCCUCCAUAAACUUGGUGCUCAGACUCCUGUCACCAUCUCAGCCAAUCAGAUUAUUCUGAACAAGGCCACUGAUCUUAAACUUGGCAACCAAACUAUUAAACAAGAAGGACAAAAGCUAAUUGUGACAACUUUGGGAAAGGCUGGCCAGCCAAUUGUCUUAGCACUACCCCACAACCAACUACCCCAGACGCAGAAGGCCACAAUUCAGGCUCAGGCAGGAGACCCCAAGGUACCAGCCCAGCAGAUCAAAGUGGUUACCAUUGGAGGGAGGCCAGAGAUGAAGCCUGUCGUUGGUGUCUCCUCUUUGACGCCGGGAAGUCAGCUGAUAAAUACUGCAGCCCAGUCUUCUGUAUUACAGACGCAGCAGUUAAAAACAGUACAGAUUGCUAAGAAGACCCGAACACCAACUUCUGGCCCAGUAAUCACCAAGCUGAUCUUUGCAAAACCAAUUAAUAGCAAAGCGGUUACAGGACAGACAACUCAAGUGUCGCCAGUCAUUGCAGGCUGUGAAGUCAGCAGUACAGACCAUCACUGUGGGAGGAGUGAGUACAUCUCAAUUUAAGACCAUAAUUCCCUUGGCAACGGCCCCCAAUGUUCAGCAGAUUCAGGUACCUGGAAGCAAAUUCCAUUAUGUCAGACUUGUUACGGCCACAACAGCCAACAGUUCAACCCAGUCAGCCAGUCAGAAUCCUAGUACCAACACACAGCCUCUUCAGCAAGGUAAGCCAGUGGUGGUGAAUGCAACUCCAGUGCGGAUGUCUGUCCCAAUAGUACCAGCUCAGACUGUCAAACAGGUGGUGCCCAAACCAAUCAACCCAACUUCACAGAUAGUUACUACUAGUCAGCCACAACAGAGACUUAUUAUGCCAGCUACUCCACUGCCACAGAUACAGCCAAACCUCACUAACCUCCCGCCGGGCACUGUGCUGGCGCCAGCACCUGGCACAGGAAACGUAGGCUAUGCAGUUCUUCCAGCUCAAUACGUCACUCAGCUACAGCAGUCAUCAUACGUAUCUAUAGCAAGCAACACUGGUUUUACUGGGACAUCUAAUAUCCAGACCCAAGCAAGGCUUCCAUUCAAUGGAAUUAUGCCAUCCGAACCUGCAAACCGCCCCAGGAAGCCAUGCAAUUGUACAAAAUCGCUGUGUUUGAAAUUGUAUUGUGAUUGUUUUGCAAAUGGUGAAUUCUGCAAUAACUGCAACUGUACCAAUUGUUAUAACAACCUGGACCAUGAAAAUGAUAGGCAAAAAGCAAUAAAGGCCUGCCUUGAUAGAAACCCUGAAGCCUUCAAGCCCAAAAUAGGGAAAGGAAAGGAAGGGGAAUCAGACCGACGGCACAGCAAAGGCUGCAACUGCAAACGAUCGGGAUGUCUCAAAAACUAUUGUGAAUGCUAUGAGGCAAAAAUCAUGUGUUCCUCAAUAUGUAAAUGUAUUGGCUGUAAAAACUUUGAAGAAAGCCCAGAACGAAAGACUCUGAUGCACUUAGCAGAUGCAGCAGAAGUAAGAGUCCAGCAACAGACAGCUGCAAAGACAAAGUUAUCCUCACAAAUCUCAGACCUGUUAACGAGGCCAACCCCAGCACUGACUAGUGGAGGGGGGAAAUUGCCAUUUACCUUUGUAACCAAGGAGGUGGCUGAUGCGACUUGCGACUGCCUGCUUGCGCAGGCCGAGCAGGCUGAAAAGAUGGGCAAGUCAAAAGCAGCAGCGGAGCGCAUGAUCCUGGAGGAAUUUGGACGUUGUUUGAUGAGAGUCAUUAACUCAGCAGGAAAGUCCAAAAGUGACCCCUGUGCCAUGAACUGCUGACUCUUGCAUAGGAGCCAUGGUAAAUUGGACUGAACAUGACACUUAAGGCACAGGGACACUUUGGUUCACAGCAGAGGAUUUAAUACUAUUUUAUUGUUAAUUUGGUGCUUGUUUUAAAUUGACCUGCAUAAUGUUGAAACAAGAAAAUCUUUUAUAAUUAGGAGUAGAUUCUUUUAAAUUUUAGCUAAAUUCUCUUCUACUUAUGACGAUGCCUAAAGGUGAAUUUUUCUUCCUGUUGUACAGCUUUUAACUUUCUUGGGUUUGGUAAGAAUUAGAUGUUUUCUUCCUCCCCCUUUCUCUAAGAAAAUUGUCCAGAGAGUCUUUAUAAAUUAUUAUUAUAAUAUAUAUUAUUUACAGUGUAUAGAGUUGCAUCACUUUGUUCAUAUGGAAGAAUCAGACACUGGCAGAAAAUAUUUUUGGCGUAGACCAAGAAAACAGUAUAUCUGUGGAGGAAUUAAUUCUGAAAGGACAUGUAUAGAAAUGAGCAUCUUCACAAUACUGACAAUACCAAAUUAGAUAAAAGAACAUCACUCUACAACCCUGGAAGGCAACGGAUCAGUGUUAAGAACCGAUUCAGCAAGGUCCUUAAGCACAAAUAAUGUUAAGCACAUGGGCCGUUGACUUCUUGGGACAGCUUACACGUUUAGCAUCGCAUAUGUUCUUAAAAACCUUGCUGAAUCUGGGCCUCAGGGCACAACUUUUAAAAUGGAAAGUAUUUAUAUUUUUCUUUAGAUGAUGACAGAAAUUUCAUUACCGGCUUGCUGAAUAGUCUAAAAUGGAAGUUGAAGGACAGAUGAUGGGCCAAAAAUUCAGAAAGAAUUAAAAGCAAUGCUGUAAAAGCAAGUUUCCAUCCAACUUUUAUCAUUAGAUAAACAUCAAGCAGGGAGAUGCUGUUGUGCAUCUAGGGCUCAGUCCUGCAAGGUCCUGAGCAUUCUCACUUCUCAUUGAAGCCAGAGAGUGUUUGCAGUCCUUAGCACCUCAUAGGAUAGAGCCCUUAAACUGGCAGAAAAUGAGAUUAUUGUUGUGUACAUUUACACAGAAACUGAGAUUACUGGGUGUGAGGGAACCAACCCUUCUGUUUUCCUGUUAGCACAGUUUUCAUGUGAGAUGGAUUCCAAACUAGCUGCAUCCAAGUUAAUCAGAGAAGAUGUGUGAAGAUCAGACUCCCUGUACACCUGUGGACCUUUUUGAUAUCACUUUUUUAAUCUUUGGGACACAUUUGGCUUAUUUUUUUAAAAGUGUUAUUUAGGAUUGCAGUUUGAGUCAUGACAUGCAAGUACACUGGUACGGAUUGAAGGUCACCAUCAAAAACAGAUACACCUGACCUUUUUUUGUGUGGGGAACAGGGAAGGAAUCAAAUCAGGUCAAAUACAGUUGUGCAUAGAAGACACUUAAGGAUGGGAACUUUUUCUAGUAUUUACUACAAACAGUCCCAAAUCACAUUUUUGGUAGUGUAGCUCUAAAUUUAAUGAAAGGAAAUAACCAUGUUUAAAUUCACAGGCAUUUAUUUAGUUAGAUAUCUUAAUCCUCUCUGUAAUUAUCAGAACAAGACUGAUACUUUUAUUUUCCAAAAGGGAUUUUAUAUUCUCGCCAUGUGUAACUGUGUGUAUAUAUUCUUUAACAUAUGUUUGUGUAUAUGUAGCAAAUACACAUACACACAUCUGCGAAAAGGGAAUCCACCAUUCAUUAAAAAGUUUUUUUUUUAAUAAUUAGGAUCUAGAUUUCUAAAAUGUCAGUGCGAUAACUCUAAAUGUAGAUAGUUCAGCCAUUCAUCUUACUUUUUAGUGACUCAAUAUAGUAUGUCCAGUAAGAUUUGUAUAAAUGUAAAUUAGUGUAAGUGGAUAAAGUAAGACCUAAUCAAGUUAUUUUUCAAACAGAUUGCAAUACACCUUCUUUUGUCUAGAACUAAAUCCAUGUUAAUUUUGUAUAUAUUCUGUGUCCUAUUCUAAAUUGCACCUUUUGUGAUGUGUAUUUAUAUACAGUGUGGAGAAAAUGUUUGUGAAACUUUGGAUUACAGUUGUAGAUGAUGUAUGAUGGCAUUGCUUGUAAAGAUUUUGAAGGUGCAAUCACGUACUCUUAGUUCUACUUGUUUUGAACAAGUUUUCUGAAACAUUGAGCUUGUUUCCAAACACCCUCCUCUCCGCCCCCGCUUAGUAUGUACUAAAUCAUUUUUGUACUUCCUUAGCCAUUUGCAACAAACUGCUGAACAAGAUUUACAGUCGAGUUCAUCCAGUUAUUUUAAACAGAUCUGGGGUGGGGUCAAAGGUUCAUUUUCUAGUUCUGUUUACACCUGAAAGUAGAAAGAUUAAAUUUAUAUUUACUAGACCAAUUCAAAAAAUACACUUUUCUAUAUUGUAAAAAGUCGGCUAAAUCACAAAGAAAAAUAAACAUUUAUACUAUUCUGUAAA